GAUUUUGUUUACCAAAAUUUGCCGAAAGGGCACCAUGUUUUGAGGAAGGCUCCUGACUGCCAACAUUGUGGGGCCAUGAGAUUUGAAGGUGAAUCACCAGGAUUCUGUUGUCGAAUGGGCAAGAUAAAAGUCCAUAUCCCUGAUGUACCUGAUGAGUUGAAGAGGUUGUUCACAAGUCAGGUAGAUAUUGAUGCAAAGUAUUUUAGAAAACACAUUCGGUACUUCAAUUCACACUUCUCCUUCACAAGUCUCGGGGUUACACUGGACCGAAGAUACUGCACUGCAGCGGGCACUGGCAUAUAUACAUUCCGUGUACAUGGUGCCCUGUAUCAUCGUCUAGACCAUUUAGUGCCAGGAUCAAAAGGGCCACGCCACCUCCAACUCUACUUUUAUGACACGGAACAUGAUGAGACAUUGUCCCAUAGAGUAAAAAGGUCACCUGAUCUUGAUAUAAACAUUGUAAGGAAUGUGCUCAGGAUACUACAAGAAGGAAACCCUUAUGUCCAAACAUUUAACAGGGUUGGUGCCAUUCCAAAUCUUGAUGACUAUGUAAUUGAGCUCAACACUAAUGUGACACCCGACCAACGAAGGUAUAAUGCCCCUACUACCACACAAGUUGCUGCUAUCUGGACCGAUGGAAAUGACCCUCAAAGAUGCUUUGAUAGGAGUGUCCUUGUAUACCCCAGGGGAGAGAAGAUGCGCUAUAUCAAACCAUAUCAUGGUUGUUAUGAUGCGUUAGCAUAUCCUUUGUUAAGACCUAAAGGCGAAACUGGAUGGAAUAAGUUCAUGCCGUACAAUGACAGUCCCAAACAAUCGACGUCUCCUACUGAUUGUGAAGAUUCAGUACAGCCACCACUAGGUGAUGGUGAGAUAGAUGAUGACAUACAGCAACGUGAUGACAUAAAUCGAGCUGCUGAAAAUAGUAAUAAAUCAUCAAGGUUUGUGACAGCUAGAGAAUACUAUUGCUUUAUGAUGCAAGUUAGAAAGGGUCUUUUUAACAUCGUGUUAUUUGGAGGGAGGCUUUUUCAACAAUGGGCAGUCGACAUGUAUAUCAAGAUUGAGUCUAUGAGGCUUGACUGGUAUUCUAACCCUGCAAACCAGAAACUCAUACGGGCUGAACUGUACCAAGGCUUGGUAGAUGUAAUUACUUCUGGAGAUACUAGAGCUUCAGAGGUUGGAAGGAGGGUUGUGCUCCCCCGUUCUUUUCCGGGUGGUGAUCGUGAUAUGCAACAGAGAUUUCUUAAUGCAAUGGCCAUUGUCCAGCGUUUUGGAAAGCCAGAUUACUUCAUCACAAUGACUUGCAACCCUUAUUGGGAGGAGGUAACAAGCAAUCUGGAACCAGAGCAGACACCACAGGACAGACCAGAUUUGGUGUCAAGAGUGUACCGGGGCAAAUUACGGCAUCUCAAAGAUUUAUUGAUAAAGCAGAAAUAUUUUGGUGAAGUUGCCGCAUAUGUGCAUGUGACUGAGUUUCAGAAAAGGGGCUUGCCACAUGAGCACAUCCUGCUGAUUAUGAAAAAGGGAUGCAAAUUAACAAGCCCGGAUGAUUAUGACAAGUACAUCUCAGCAGAAAUUCCCAAUAAGGACAAGUACCCUGUGUUGCAUAACCUGGUCAUCAAGCAUAUGCUGCAUGGACCAUGUGGUGCCUUAAAUAUGAAGUGCCCGUGUAUGAUCGAUAAAGCGUGUCGCUUCCGCUAUCCUCGGCAAUUCAACCCAGAAACGCAACAAGGCAAGGAUUCUUAUCCAUUGUACAGGAGAAGAGAUGAUGGUCAGCGUGUCAAAAUAAGAGGGGCUGAGUUGGACAACAGAUGGGUUGUCCCAUACAAUCCUGGACUGCUUAUGAGAUAUAACUGUCACAUCAACGUCGAAGCAUGUUCAAGCAUCAAAGCCUGCAAGUAUUUAUUUAAAUAUGUAUACAAAGGCCAUGAUUGUGCAUCAUUCUCGGUUGUUGAUGCUGGGGUAAUAAAUGAGAUACGUCAGUAUAGGAAUGCUAGGUAUGUCACACCUCCGGAAGCUGUACACAGAAUUUUUGGAUUCCCUCUUUUUGGGGUAAACCCAUCUGUUUUGCAGCUCCAGUGUCAUCUGCCUAAUAUGCAGUCCGUUAUCAUUGAUGAGACGAAGAGUUUAGAAGAAGUAGUGAACAAUCCUAAAUCUUCGAUGACUACACUGACAGAAUUUUUCACGGUUUGUCGGGAGGACAGUUUUGCUAGAUCUUUAUUGUACAGAGAUAUGCCAGAGCACUACCGGUGGAUCAGUGGGAGGAAGAUAUGGCAAAGAAGAAAGCAAAAAGGACAGAUUGGGCGGAUAGUGUAUGCAAACCCUUCUGAAGGCGAGAGGUAUUAUUUGAGGGUGCUUCUAAAUCAUGUUAGAGGUCCAACUUCAUUCGAGGAUUUGAAAACUGUAGCAGGGAUCUUAUGUUCUACUUUUAGAGAGUCAUGUGAGAAAAGGGGACUCAUAGAGACAGAUAAUACAAUUGAUGACUGCUUGGUUGAGGCAGCCACUUUUCAGAUGCCGUAUGCCCUCAGAAGGUUAUUUGCUACGGUUUUGGUUCAUUGUGAAGCCACCAGGAUUUGUGCACUAUGGGAGAAGCAUAAAGAAUCAAUGGCUGAAGAUUACAGUAGAAACCAGUGUAACUCAGAAUUAGUAGAACAAAUGGUGCUUAGAGAUAUUAGAGAUUUGCUGCAAUCCAUGGGAAAAGAUAUAAAAAAUUUUGAUCUUCCAGAGCUGAGUGAUGCAGAAAAAGAAGUUGCCAUGGAGAAAGUACAGGCACACAUACCUCAAGAAAAUGAGCUGCAGAGAGUUGAGGUGGGCAGUGACUAUAUUUCCAGCUCAAUUCAAGUGCCAGACGAAGCGAAUGCCACACAACCAAAGGAAGAACAUGAAGUGAACACUGACAGCGUUGGAGAAGAAUGUGAGUUGCAGCCAUCCCAGUCACCUCAUAAGAAACAAAAAAAAUCACACACAUGUCAAGUUCAGCCCGAUGGAGUUCUAGCGGACAGCGGAUCAGUUCAAGUGGAAGCCCAAACUCAUGACAUACAACAAAAAAAUGAUCAAGUUGGCAUGGAUAUAGAAGAAGAGGAAGUGAAGGUCGUUGGUGUUGGCAAUUUGGAAGAAAACGUUCAGUUUAUGACACUUCUUAGAAUGACACAACAUAAUAAACCAAAGAAAUUACAUAUAGCUCAAGUUAAGCCUCAGGAUUACAUGUGCACCGAAGAAGAUUAUCCUCUACUUGAAUACCUGAAAUUAGAACCUGAGGACAAAGUAUUGGUGAACAUCGACGGUGCAUGGCUAAAAAGAAAAGAUAUGGAAUGCAUGUUUAAUGAUAAUAUGCAAUUUGAUGAUAAUGUUUUAAGUGCAUAUAUUCACUGUAUCAGGGAUGAAAAGCAUCUACUUCGUAGAGAAGGUGGUGUGGUCUUUUUAGAAAAUACAUUUAUUUGCAGCCUACUUGAACGUGAUGGUGACCCUACGGUGACAUUAUCUUAUAAGACAGACAACAUUACGGAAAGGGUGCAAAACUAUUUAAAAGCUGACAUGGUUUUCCUUCCAAUAAAUAUAAAAAAAUGCCACUGGUACCUAGCAGUUGUUUGUGGUCAACUAGAAGAGUUAAAAGGACUAGAAAGACAAAUAAAAUGUGCAUUGGAGCAUGAUAGAAACCUUGACCGAGGCAAGUGGAAGAAUCUAGAUGUCUCAACAUGGAGUAUUAUUGAGAAGAUCCAAGAGCCAAUGCAAAAAGAUGGAAUAUCGUGCGGUCUAUGGAUGGUAAACUUUAUGGAAUAUUGGACGGGAUCUUCCCUCUCUGAUGAAGUAACUCAGGAUGAUAUCAAUAAUUUUAGGUUUAAGCUACCUGCUAUAUUGUGGGAUUCUACAUCAAACAUUAGGAAUGUACACCGAGAACUCAAACAACCAAGUGCAGGCGAAGAUAGUCCAAGUGAUGUUGAAAUUAUUGAUAUUACGACCGAUGUGCCUAAACCAUCUACCAGAAUAUUCAUGAACAGAGAGGAAUUGUUGCAUCGGGUGAGCACAUACAUAUGGUCGAUUGAUAAUCAAGAGUGGUUAGACAAAGAAUGGGUCCUGAGCACCACACCAUAUCCGAUCUCUAUAAGUCUCAGGACAAUCAGAGAUAUUUUAGAUAAAAGCAAACCCAUGGAUAGUGGAUGCUUCAAUAUGGCUGUUCGGACGGUAGCAUGCAACGAAGCUAGGUUUAUUAUAGAAGAAGACAAAUGGUGCUUCAUGGAUCUCAAGUUCUGUGAUAUAGCUCAGAUUGGACGAGAUACACGGUGUCGUGACGAGAUAAACUACGAAGAGCUAGCAGGAUUGUUUGAAUGUUGGACCCCGUGCUACUAUAUUAAAGACUGCAGCACUGUUCUAUUGCCAUAUCAUCGAGAUAGGCUCUAUAUUUUAUUCAUAAUAGAUAUGAGGAAGAAAAUAGUGUACAUUAUGGACCCGCUUGCUCCUAAACUAAAGUACACAGGCACUGAUAGAUGUAGUCCAUAUCUAACUACAUUACAUGAUAUUGCCUAUCAUUUCAACCAUGCCAUGAAAUUGGCAAAUGCUACAUGGAACAUUGAUAUUUCUGAGUGGCAUCCUGAAGUUCCAACAUGGACUCCAAAAAAUUAUUCCUGGAAAGUGUCCGGCUUCCUUGUAUACAGUUAUUUAAAAGAGUGGGACGGGAAUAGAUUGUUUGUCCACCCUGGUGGAGGUUCGCUGAGGACGGAAUGUUUGGUGGACAUUCUACAGAGUAAUCAAAAUGAACGUGCAAACAUUAUCCCUGAAGAGCUUCGAGAUCUACUUAAGCAAUUAGGAACUUAUUUGUAGUAUAAAUAUAUGAGACAUAGCUUUAUUAUUCCUUCUUAUUCAUGAGUGUAUUUUGGACUUUAUUAAUUAUCAUACGCAAUUGUCUGAGACUAUAAACUAUA